ACUUGUCAUUAUUGCUUUUCGACAGCAGGAGAUCGGGCUGUUUGGUCAUUAAAAUGUAGAAAGGGAACAUACAUAUUGUCAUUGAGCAUGGACAACUGAGGACACACAACUUCAAGGGAUGGAAAUAUUGUCACCUUCACACCGUGAGACUAUUCUGCAGAUGUGGGCAUGCGCACUGCAUCGGUUCUACAGGGGACGGGAAGACAUCACGGAAAAACUCGCUGUACACCGAAACCCCCACGCUGAAAUUCAUCCUUGGUUGCAGUGUAGCACGACUACCGACUACCAUGUUUGAUACACUGUUGAAGUCAGGGACUACUUGACACCCUGGCGAUUUAAGUCGCCGCAAAACCGUAUCAAAUACCGUAUGGGAACAGUAUGCGGGAAAUGGUUGGAGGUUGCUGCGUGUGUUCCGAUGAGCGAGGCUGGGCUGAAAAUCCUCUUGUAUACUGUGAUGGGCACGGGUGCAGCGUCGCUGUUCACCAGGCGUGCUAUGGUAUUGUCCAGGUGCCCACUGGCCCGUGGUUCUGUCGAAAAUGUGAGUCUCAGGAGAGAGCUGCCAGAGUGAGAUGUGAGCUGUGCCCUCACAAAGAUGGCGCCCUCAAGAGGACAGACAGUGGAGGCUGGGCCCAUGUGGUUUGUGCACUCUACAUUCCCGAGGUGCAGUUCGCCAACGUUCUCACCAUGGAGCCUAUCGUACUACAGUACGUCCCUCACGACAGAUACAUCAAGACGUGUUAUAUCUGUGAGGACCAUGGGCGAGAGAGCAAGGCUGCGUGUGGCGCCUGCAUGACGUGCAACCGGCAGGGCUGUCGACAAGCCUUCCACGUCACCUGUGCUCAGAUGGCUGGCCUGCUGUGUGAGGAGGAGGGCCCUGAGGCUGACAACGUCAAGUACUGUGGCUACUGCAAGCACCAUUACAUCAAGAUGCAGAGAAAGAUGCGCUCCAGUGGAGAGAACACCGAACGCGGCUCCUUCGGCCACUCCAGGGGGGGCUCCACGUCCCCCGCCCAGGAUAAACACGGCUCACACCACCACAGGCUCAGGAAGAGUCACAAGGACAAGGUGAGGCAAAAGGAGAGGCAUAAAAAGUCAUCUGAUGGUCUGGGGUCCUCACUGUCCAGCAGCAUGGACAAGUUGUCGUCGGGUCACCACAGCAACAAGGACAGCGAGGGGAAUUUGAAGAGGUUGAGCUCUCACGGCCAGCUGGGACACCGCAGUAAGAAGACAGGAAGCAUUGGCAAGAGCUGCUCCUCUUCCUCUUGCUCCUCCAGUCCCUUCAACACGGGUGGCGGCUCCCAAGACCUCCUCCCGUUCUCCUCUACCUCUCGUUUGGAGCGCGACCCCGACCGAGGAGCGGACGAGCACGGCGCCGAGGAGCCCCGGGACGAGCGGACCAGACGGACAGCGCCUGAGGAAGAUGACGAGGAAGGGGAGGAGGAAAAGGAAGAAGAGAAAGAAGAGGAGGAGGAAUUGGACAAUAGUAAAUACCACAACAAGGCCUCCCUGCAGCCCCCGGACCUGACCCCGGUUGACGGACCUCACGGAGGGUCGUCGCAGGGUCACGAUAGGUCAGAGGGCGAGACCAACUCUUUCGAGACCAAGGUCACCAUCUCCACCUUCGGCUCCAUCAUGCGCAUCACUUCCUCCUCGGGUGGGAUAGGCAGCGGCAGCAGCAAGCUCCGCAAAAUCACUUCCUCCUCCUCGGGGGACUACAAGCUUUCCAAGUCGCUUCUCAAGUCCCCGCACCUAGCCACGCCCCCUAUACUGGAGGAGGCCAACCUAGAGGAGGACAAGGCCACGCCCCCACCACCGCUGCCAACACACCGGGAGAGGAGGCACCGUGGCAACAAGAAGAGCCGGCAUGGACCGGGGCGCCCGCGAGGGAGCAAGAACCGGGAGCGGACGGAGAGGCGAGAGGAGGAGUACCGUCACCACACAGCUCCUGCUCCACCUCCUUCCCUAACCUCCUCCUCCACCUCGUCUUCCUCGCUCUUCCCCAGCUCCUCCUCCCUCCCCCACACAGCGUACUCCUCCACCCUGCCCACCUCCUCCCUCUCCUCCUCCUCCUCCUCCUUCCCCUCCUCCUCCACUUCCUCUAGCGUCAGUUUCUCCACAGGCCGCGGCAAUACGCUGCUCGGCUCCGGAAUCUACACCUGUCACGAGGGCCCUCUGUCUUUGAGUGGGGGUGUCUGUAACACCCCUCUGUCGUUGGGCGGAGGCGUAUGUAGCACCGCUCUCUCUUCAGGACUCCUGCCAUCUCACGUCUCCACACUGUCACUUCAACCAGUCAACUCUGCCCUCAACCCACAGGUGCAUGUUCCAUGUUCCAGUUCUUCCUACAGCCUCAGCUCCUCUCAGCCGUUUGGCAGGGUAUUUUCUACUGGCCGUACACUGCCCUCACUACUGAGCCAAGCCCAGACCUCACUUCAAGAGUCCGAGAUGGACGACUGUCGCUUCCCAUGUCACGACAACUCGCCACGAGAGAGCCUUUCCUCACAGUCUCCUAUGAGCUGUCUGCCUCUACUGUUUGACCAGAGGGAGGGUGUGGGCCCUGGGGUCAGAGGUCGCCCUGAAAACGUCCCUCCAUCCAGCUCCCACAUAGAGCUCCUCCUGGAGAAGCAUGGCAACGGAGAGAUGGGUGCCAACAUUGUAGAGAUGCUCCAGUCCCUCCACUCGCUGCAGCAGGAGAACCAGCGUCUCCAGGACCAGAUUCUCAGCCUGACGGCCAAGAAGGAGCGGCUGCAGCUGCUCAACGUGGAGCUGGCCUGUCCCUUCCCCCCGCAGGUCCACCACUCCCACCACUCCGUCCAGGGCCUAGUGCCCACCACCACCCACAUCAGCUUCCUCUCCUCCGCACACGACCCCCUCAGCACCAAUAAGAGUCCCCUGUCUAAAUGCUGCUUCCUGAAUGAUACCUCCUUCAUCACCUCAUCCGAGGAGCUCCACUCUGGUAGUCCCUCCCGCAGUAGCUCCUCCCUCUCCUUCCAGAGCACUCCACCCCCACAGCAGAGCCCCGCCUCCUUCGGCCAGCCUUUGCUGAACGGGCUGGGUGGGCGGGGUUUGACUGACAGCCUGGGGGGCCUCAGUCAGGCCAGCAGUUCCAUGGUGGGCGGGCUCAUGGUCUCCCUAGCAGGAAGUCCCCAGCUGAACAUGAACGGCGUGCUGGGCAGCCUGAACGGGGUGAUCCAGUCACCUGUCCAGAACGGACCCCAGCCCACCCUGCCGGCCCUGAGGCCCCAGCCUCCCCCUUUGGGCCCCCAGGCACUGGCACAGGGCCUGCAAAUCCCCAAGAGCAUGAGUCCGUCUUCCCUCCUGUCUGAGCAGCAGAAGCAGCUCCUUCUCCAGCAGCACUUCACUCCAGAGCAGCAGGUGGUGGUCUAUCAGAUGCUGCAGCAGCAGUGGCAGAGGGAGCUACAGCGCCUCACACUGACCGGGGCCCUCACCUCCACCCCCACGGCCCAGUCCCCAAACCUGGGGGCCUCGCCCCUGCAGGGUGGCCAGGGAAACCCCCUCUUCGGCCUGCAGGAGAAUGCACUUCACAAGCCCGGGGUGAGUGCCGAUAUGCAGUUGUUCGAGGCUCCUUAUUUGAAUAGGCCAUUGUAUAUGUCAAUUCUUGAUCGACUGAAGCUUUAAAGAAUAAACUUCUUUCUAGAAGGUUGACUUGCUUUGUAAUGCUGUUAAACCUGAGGAUAUAAUGUUGAUACAUGUAUGUGUGGGCCGAACAUCUAAACUCACAGGUCAGUUUUAAAUGUGUUUAAUUUCAGGGGGUGGGAGAGAAGGGCGGAGACAACAAUGGCUGAUAUGUUAUCUUCGUGUCUGAACUGUUGCAGCUAUAACAGCAGCUAUAGCAGGGGAAAGGAAAGUAAUUGAGCUGUUCCAUCAGAAACUAAUGUCACCUUUAAUCCCCAUCUGAAAGACUCUUGAACUCUCUGUCUUCUAUCAUCUCUGUCUUUCCCCCUCUUUUAUGAAUGUAUAAUGGAAUCAAUUUAAACGGUUAUGUUUUAUUUCUUAUGCAUUGAAUUCCUUUUAUUUGAGGACGUUUUUUUCUUCCAGGUCUGUGUGUGUGUAGGCAGCUUUCAGAGAGCAUGAAUACGGUGGUCUGUAAUUGAAUUGCACUAAUCUAUUAGCUAGACCAAUUGGGUUCACUCUUGUAGCAAGAGCCAGAGAUUCUGGUGUCCUGACGGUGAACGUGGAGAGUAUUGGGGUCCAGUAUAGAAAUUGGACUCUGGUGAUCAAUUCCAAAUCAACCCCUAGCCGCUACAUCAUGGCGUAAACAACAUGAUGACUAUUCCAACUAGCCAAUCAGAAGACAUGGUAAACUUUAAACCUAUCCAAUCUUUUUAGAUCUACUGGAGUGCCUAUGGGUAGGGCUAAGUGUCGACUUGGAAUUUGGGUGCGAGUGUUUUGGGCCAAAGUGUCCUUAGGCCAUAACUUUACUGUGGAACCAAUGUAUCCCUCUAAACAUCCUUGUUGAGGACAAACUGUCUGACACUUCUCUAAACAUCAACUGUCUUCCUCAAGGUCUGUCUUCCUUUCAUUUUCUUCCCUCCCAUAUAUUAUACAACUAUGAUAUUCCUAUUCUAUCCUAUUAAAAUGUCACAGCUACAAGCUGGCAUCAAAUGAUCUGGGGACUGGCAUUGACAGUGUAGAAUGCUAACUAUGCCUCAGUCCACCCCUGAGAAUUUAGAGAGAAUGUAUGAUCUUCAAUAUGUGUGCCGCUGCCAAGAUUAAUCAAACGAAACCAAACAUUUGAAAAUUGUCCCAAGUAAAUAUGUAAGAAAUUCAUAUUUUUGUUUCCUCAACCCCAUGUGUACUUUGCUGAUAUAUAACCUAAUAAGGGACAUUUGGAUACUUGGAACUGAUAAGUUAAUGAUUGAUUAGUAUGAAUAUUUUGCACUCUAUCCUGAAGUGUUAGUGUUUUCUUAUUUGUUUCUGUUGUACAUAUUGUUCUGUUGAUGCCCGGGAAACUAGUUGUUCUUUUAGCAAUACUGUAUAGUUGUCAAUGCCUUAAAAUAAUGCUAGAGUUACUGAGGAAAAUCAACUCACACUUAACAGCCAAAAGGCAGCUUCUUUUGUCUUAUUCAUUUCUUAAUCUAGCUUUUGUUCUGGUUACAUUUACCGUUAUUUCAGAUUUAGGCAAAAGCACUCUUUUCAAUCUUACCAUUUAUACUAUUGAUAGGCAACGGUGAUAAUGUCAACAAUUGUAAAAUGAAAAUAUGUUUAUUGGUAAGUCCCAAAUCAUCUGUAAAUUGUGUCUUAAGAUGCUGCUCAAUGUUUUAGAAGAACUGACAAGCAACACCCCAUGUUAGAUGGUAUCACUUUACUUUGUCUUAAGAUCUAUAAAAUGCGGUCUUAGUAAUGACAUAGCAGUCAUGGUAUUUGUGACUAUGUUCUUAUACAAUUGUGACUCAAACUCUUAUUGGUGUCAUCAGGUUCAAAUGUUGAUUCAAUUGUCAUCAGGUGACUUUAUCUGUUAUGAUACGACUGCCCAUGACAUCUGUUACAAGAUUCUAGUAACACUUAUUAUGUACAGUAUGUCUUACUACUGAGAUCACGAUGUCAAGUUAUAAAAUGUUACCAUUCAGAACACAUAGGCAACUCGGGAACUCUAAUAUAUAACUUUCUUUACUGCAUCUCCUUUCCUCUGUGGCACAUAACAACAGGUCCUUCUGUGCUGGGAUCAAGCUAAUCUAUUAACAUUGGCCGUUCUCCCAGGUCUUUUAACUCACUGUUAGACUGGAAUAAUAUUUUUCCUUUGCGGUGUUCGUUACUAAUCUUAUUCGAUCAUUUCCUCAUUUAACUACGGUCAACGAUCAUUCCCAAAUGUGUUAGUUUUCCGUUUGUGACCUCGAUAUUGACCUCCCCGUACAUGUGAUAUCCGGUAAGUAUUAGAUCUGUUCUGUUUUUGUUGUUAGUUAACAGUGAGGAGCUUUCAAGCGACUAUUGUUAGUUGGUUAAAAUACUGUAGCAACGAGACGAUAGGAGAAUGUUAACGCUGACAACACAUGAGCCUAUUCCUCCACAUUGACAGGAUUUCCGAAGGAGGUCUGCGGUUGAACAAGUACGUCCUUAUGAGCUGUUGUACGAUUAAGGUAAAAAAAAUCUAGGAAAGAACAUGUCGAAGAGGUUGUUUUGACUGAAAGAGUACCUCGAAGGAAUCUUGAAAGGGAAUCUUUCCCAUGUUGCACUGGGGCGAUUUGGCCCAAUAAAUGUAAAUCUUUUUUUAUAUAUAUAUAUACUUUUGUUGUUUUUUUAUUGUUUGAGUGCAAAUUGUAUACUUAAAUGUGUUUGUGUAUAGACACAUUCAUUUUCUAAGCUUUGAAGUUUGGGUAACCAAGAUAAUCCAUGUUAUUAUGUACGUAUGUUGUUAUGUGUAUCUGUUAUGUAUUACAUCAUAUUUAAGCACCUCUCUCUCAAUGAAGUUUGACGAAAAUGGAACUAACUUCUUGGGACAUAAAAUGCAUGAAAUGCAGUUAAGUCUCCUAAAUCAGUAGCUAAAUACCAAGUUUGACUACGCAUAGUUUUUAAAUGCAUUGUUCUCAAAAAAUGUUUUAUGAAAUUUAGGUUGAGCACUGCAUUUAAGAAAAGACAAGCAUUGUUGUCAAUGUACAGUGUAUUUGUUAGAGAGAAUUAAUAAACAAUGAAUUUGCCAAUAUUCAGAUUUAAUGCCCUGUAAAGUAUUUUGAUAUUUUUGUGUAAAAAUUAAAAAGGUACAAUUAAGACGACUGAAAUUUUACUGUCAAUAAAUGUAUUUUACUGA